UGCUCAUCCACUCCUUCACCUAAAUGCUGCUUCAUGGGCUGUGCAAUGCCCUCACCCACAGGUGGCUAUUGGCAUCUGACCCCUCACAUGCACAUACUGCCUACUCCACCAUCUUUCCCAGCUUCAAGAGCUAAUGCUGCAGAGUGGAGUAGAAGCAUGCUGAUGUCACCAUGUUCUCUGGCUUCACAAGCUAAUGUUGCAGACCAGUAUAAAGAGGAAAGAAUGACUCAUCUUGCCUGUGGAUGCAAGAGUCUGGUGUCUGCCACAAAUCGACCUUCUAUCCCUUCACCCAGAUCCCAAAGUGAUAUCCCUCAGUGCAAGCUCUUGCUCUGACCUCUCAGAGUUACAUUCUCAUCUACCCACUCCACUAUAUACAAACACUCCAACUAUCUCCUCCCCCAUCCACC